UCCUUCUUUCGUGUAUAAACUCUUUCAACAUUUGGUAUCAGAGCAUAGGUUAGAUCAGGCAGUUAUACACGAAAGAAACAAAACAAAUACACCCCAAAAUGCAAAGCUCAAGCAAUGGAAACUCAGUCAACCAACUGCCUAUGUUCACAGGAGUUAACUAUUAUUUCUGGAGUUUGAAGAUGAAAACACUCUUCAAAUCUCAAGAGUUAUGGAGUAUUGUGGAAGAUGGAUUUGCAGAUGAUCAACCGGAGGAGCCUGAUCAAAAUUUGAGAGACAAAAGAAAGAAGGAUGCAAAGGCCCUAUAUCUCAUUCAACAAGCCCUUGCUGAUGAUGUUUUCCCUCGCAUUGCAGCUGCUUCAACCUCAAAGGAAGCCUGGAGAAUCCUCAAAAAGGAAUACUUAGGAGACAAGAAGGUAAUCACAGUGCGGUUACAAUCUCUUAGAAGAGAAAUGGAGAAUGCACGUAUGAAAGAUAAAGAGAGUGUUCAAGACUACCUUUCAAGGAUUGCUGAUAUUGUACAAAAGAUGAAAUCCUAUGGAGAGGAUGUUAAGCCUCAGCAGGUCGUAAGUAAGGUUCUGAGAAGCCUUACACCUAAGUAUAGGCAACUAGUGUGUGCCAUUGAAGAGGUUCAAGAUCUGGAGGUAUAUACCUUUGAGCAGUUGACCGGGUCCUUGCAAGCCUAUGAAGAGAGGGGCGACUUGGACUGUGAUAAGGUAGAAGAACAAGCCUUUCAAGUCCGAGGGGAGGCUCCUAGAGAUCAACAACAGCACUUCCCAAAUAGGGGAAGAGGAAGAGGAAGAGGAGGCUUUAGAGGCAGUCAUGGUGGAAGAGGCAGAGGAUCCUCUAGCUAUGGAGGAAGACAAGCAAGUCCAAAACCGCCCAUCAAGUGUUACUAUUGUAACAAAAAUGGACACAAAGAAGCUGAAUGUUGGAUAAAGAAUCCAGACCUAGCUCCUAGAACUGCUGAUCAUAGGUCAAAUUAUGUUGAGCAAGAACAAUUGUUUAUUGCUCAUCAUAAAUCAGAUCAUGAUGGAGAAAUAGUUUGGUACAUUGAUAGUGGUUGCUCAAAUCAUAUGACAGGAUCCAAAAGCAUGUUUCAACAUAUAGAUGACACUAAGAGAGGUGUUGUCAAUCUGGGAGAUGGCAAGCAGCUUGAAGUAGCAGGACUAGGAGUGAUCUCAGUUCAAACAGAACAAGGCAGCAAGAAAACCUUAUCUAAUGUGCAAUAUGUUCCACACCUAGCACAUAAUCUGCUGAGUGUUGGGCAAUUGGUGUCAGGAGGCUACUCAGUUUCCUUUGCAAAUGGAGUAUGUACAAUCAAGGAUGGUAGCUCCAAUGCAGUUCUAUUGAAGGCUGAAAUGGGAAAUAACAAGUUGUUUCCCAUGAACCUGACCACCUCUAGUGGAAAAGCUUUGGUAGUCAAAGGAGAAGAAAACGCCAAGCUGUGGCAUCUAAGGUAUGGUCAUCUUAACAUGACUAGUCUGCAGCUACUAAGUGCUAGAGGUUUUGUUAGAGGCCUACCUAGUAUUGGCAAGCUGGAACUGUGUGAAGGGUGUAUCUAUGGGAAGCAAUCAAGAGGUUCUUUUCCUGCAGGAGGGUCAUGGAGAGCUCGUGAAUGCCUAGAACUGCUCCAUGCUGAUCUUUGUGGUCCAAUGGGGACUGAAUCAUUAGGAGGUAGAAGGUACUUUCUAAUGAUCACUGAUGAUUUUACUAGAAUGUCUUGGGUCUAUUUUCAAAAGACCAAGUCUGAAGCCCUUGAAAACUUCAAGAAGUUUAAGGCCUUAGUUGAGAAUCAAACUGGAAAGUCAGUUAAAGCACUUAGAACUGAUAGAGGUGGUGAGUUCAGUUCUAAUGCUUUUACUGAAUUCUGUGAUGAACAUGGAAUAAGAAGAGAAUUCACAGCACCCUACACCCCUGAGCAAAAUGGGGUGGCUGAAAGGAUGAACAGGACAGUUGUAGAAAUGGCUAGAAGUAUGCUUAAAGCCAAGAAUAUGCCAACCAAGUUCUGGGGUGAAGCUGUAUCUACAGCUGUAUACAUUCUGAAUGUGUGUCCAACUAAGGCAGUCCUCAAUUGUACACCAUUUGAAGCAUGGAGGAAAAAGACACCCUCAGUAGGUCAUAUGAAAGUGUUUGGUUGCAUAGCUUACACUCUUGUGAACCUGAGAACCAAGCUAGAAGACAAAGCAGAGAAAUGCAUCUUUGUGGGGUACUCAACUCAGUCCAAGGCCUAUAGACUGUAUAAUCCCCUUACUGAGAAGAUCAUUAUAAGCAGAAAUGUCAUUUUUGAUGAAGAUGCAGAGUGGAACUGGGAUCAGAAUGCUCAACAAGAAGUUCCAACACCCAGAGUUGUAAGCCUAGAAGAACAGUCUUCUCCUCAGCCCACUCCAACUGCAUCCAACCACUCCUCUCCUCCAACAACAUCAUCAUCCUCAUCUUCUGAUGAAAGCUCAGAAUCUGACACCUCAUCAAGUGAUCAGCCUAGAAAAGUAAGGUCACUAAUAGAUAUCUAUGAAUCUUGUGACUUUGCUUUUAUUGUUACUGAACCUGCAGACUAUCAAGAAGCUGCUACUUGUGUUGAGUGGACACAAGCAAUGAAAGAGGAGAUCAAUGCUAUUGAAAAGAACAAGACCUGGGAGUUGGUGAACCUGCCUAAGGAGAAAAAUGUCAUUGGUUUGAAGUGGGUGUACAGGACUAAAUACAACUCAGAUGGGAGUAUCUCUAAGCAUAAGGCUAGACUAGUAGCCAAAGGUUAUGUUCAGCAAGAAGGGGUGGACUAUGAAGAAACCUUCUCUCCUGUAGCUAGAUUUGAAACUGUGAGGAUUGUUCUAGCCCUAGCUGCACAAUGGAAGCUGCCUGUAUAUCAGUUGGAUGUCAAAUCAGCUUUCCUAAAUGGUGACUUGCUUGAAGAAGUGUUUGUUCAUCAGCCACCUGGCUUUGUGAAGAAAGGGGAGGAAGAAAAGGUGUACAAGCUCAAGAAGGCACUUUAUGGGCUAAAACAGGCCCCUAGAGCAUGGUAUAGCAAAAUUGACACCUUCUUCUGCACAUCAGGAUUUCAGAAGAGUGAUAAUGAGCCCACUUUAUAUGUCAAGAAAGAAGGUAUGGAGUUCCUAGUUGUGUGCCUGUAUGUUGAUGAUAUCAUCCUUUUCAGUUCUUCCCAAAGCAUGCUAACCUCUUUUAAAGAUUCCAUGACCAAUCAGUUUGAGAUGACUGAUUUGGGUAUGCUUCAGUACUUCCUUGGUUUAGAAGUAAAGCAGGGAAAAGAGGGUACUUUUCUAUGCCAGAAGAGAUAUGCUCUUAACCUGCUUAAAAGAUUUCACAUGGAGGCGUGUGAAACCAUAGCUACACCUAUGAAUGCAAGUGAAAAACUACAGAAGAAUGAUGGUACUGAGGAGGCAGAUGUCACCCUUUAUAGAAGCAUGGUGGGAGGACUCAAUUACUUAACACAUUCAAGGCCUGAUUUGGCUUACUGUGUUAGUAUUGUGUCAAGAUAUAUGCAAAGGCUUACAAAGCAACAUCUUGGUGCUGCAAGAAGGAUCCUGAGAUACGUAGCAGGGACUUUGGAGUUUGGGAUUUGGUAUUCAAGUGUGAAAGAUUUCAAAUUAAGGGGAUAUUCUGACAGUGAUUGGGCUGGGUGUGUGGAUGAUAGGAAGAGCAUGUCAGGGUCAGUCUUUGACCUAGGUUCAGGAGCAGUAACAUGGAGUUCAAAGAAGCAAGAAACCAUUGCUUUAUAUUCCUCAGAAGCUGAGUAUGUGGCUGCAGGAUCUGCAGCAAAACAAGCUCUAUGGAUAAGCAAGCUACUAACAGAUUUGGGAUGUAUGCAGACUUAAAGUGUUGAGCUAUGGUGUGACAACAAAUCAGCUAUAGCAAUGGCGAGAAAUCCAUCUUAUCAUUCUAGAACAAAACACAUUGAUGUCCAGUAUCACUUCAUCAGGCAACUAGUGGCAAAUGGAAGGAUUUCACUUCGGUUCUGUGGAACAGAAUGGCAAAAUGCAGACUUGUUUACAAAGGCUCUCAACCAUGCGAAGCACUAUCAUUUUGUGAAGAGAAUUGGCAUGAUCAAGCUUGGAUCAAGGGGUGGUGUUGAGAAUAAUCCAACUUAAUCAUGCAUGUGUACAUGCAUACGUAGCAUUGGGCUGUUUUAUUUAAUAUUCAUUUAAUUAUUGUCAUUUGAAUAAGUCUACUAUUCUUACCUAUUAUUUAGGAGCAUUUGCAGCAUGAUAGUUGAGUUGUUUUGCACGUUAGAGUAUGGCUACAAAGUAGGAGUUUGUUAGCUUGUUAUGUGGUCAAGAACUCUUGUAAUUGGCUAUAUAUAUUAAGCCUUUUGUUUUCUCAUUUUAAUAGAUAAGCUUUCCGAUUACAUUUGCCUUCCUCCUUCUUUCGUGUAUAAACUCUUUCAACAUUUCUUAAUCCUACUUUGUGGGAAGUGUCAAUGUCAACAACUUUAGUCCAGUUAGACACCAUUAUCGGUACAAGAAAAGAAAACGAGAACAUGCAUAACAACUGUUCACGAAGAUGGAGGCCACUGUUUUUCUGAAUAAUCGGUCCUCUUUUGAGUGAACAUUGCUUAGCAAGAAAAGAGAAAGUGACUAGUUUCUGGAAAUGAUUUGGUAUUUGGAAGGUCUACUAUGAAGCAAAUAUAGAUACUCCUACACAUAUACCCAUGAGAUAAUUGUAUAAAGCUAGUGGUAUAUGUUCAAUUUCAGUCAUCUUCGGACAAUAUCAAAAUAAAAAUAAAUUAUCAUUAGGGUCAAGUUAUGUACGGAGUACUAAUUUAGCAUAUUCAAUCAAUAUACAGUCGCACUGCGCAUACUAUGUAUAGAAUCAAGCAAUGUAUGUGAUAAAAUAAAGCAUAUUCAUAUACUCUGUAUAUAUAUUAACCCAAAUAAGAAAGUAAUUAAAUACUUAUCUCUGCUUGUAGCCGAUGACUGAUGCAAUCGUGCGGUGAAGAAUGGAAUUCAUCGAAACGGGAAGAUUCUAAGCCAGCCUUUUUUUUAUUUUUUUUUAUUACCAAAUAGAAUUUUUAUUCAUGAAGAUGGAGGUUACAAUAGUUAUGCAAAUGGAAAGGAGAAAAUAAAAGAACCUAAGCAGCUAAAAAGAGGUCAACCGAACGCUAAAAGCCAGAAAUAGGGCCCAGCAAAGAGAGUUAUUAUUUGACCCAAGAGAAGAGGCCAAAAAUAUGGUAUAUGAUUGAGAUAUGAUUUCAGAUCAGGGGUCUGCAAUCGGUCUUCGAGCUCCUCUACGAGAUAAUGGUCUGACUGAAAAUGUUGUUUCCUGGUAAGGAAUUCAGGAAAGUCUGUUUUCGGCGGCAAAUCCUAGAGGAGGGAGGGUGUAGUUGAGGUUGGCGGCAAGAUUGGGUAUCGCCGAUCAAGCUCGAUGGAUGGGUCCUAAGGCAAAGCUGAGCGGAGCAAAGUUGAGAACCGAAAAAACACCAAAUCCUCCAAAACGUGUAAUAAACCAGAUCAAAAGCUUACUUUCAUUCAUAUAUGAGGAUGUAUAUAUAAGAGGGGAGCUAGGGUUACAAUCAUCAGAUGGGCCAGUACACAUGGGCUCGGGCUAUGAACUAAUGGACAUCCAUAAUACAUAACAAUGGGAUAUUUAUAGGAGUAGUUUUCCAUUGUAACGGUUGGCCCCUUAAUAUUCUAAUAACUCCUUUAUUAUUAUUACAAUAUUGAUAUUUAUUUAAAAUAAUUUAUUAGGCCAUUUUCCGUUACAAUAUCUUUACUGUUAUCUCUUAAUUUAC